AUGUGUGUGCAUGGUUUUAUAGAUAAUGAAAACGACUGGUCCCCGUGGUCUGAGUGGACCCACUGUUCGGUCACCUGUGGACGGGGAGGGCAGCAAAGAGGCCGAUCCUGCAAUGACAUCAAGCCGUCCUGCGCCGGCCCGUCGGUCCAAACUCGCAGCUGCAUGCCGAUGAAGUGUGACCGCAAGGCGCGUCCUGAUGGGAACUGGGGCCUUUGGUCUCCUUGGUCUGCGUGUACAACCACAUGUGGAGACGGCAGCAUCACACGGGUUCGUCUCUGCGACACCCCUCCGCCCCAGAAGGGGGGCAGAGGGUGCACGGGCAGCGCCGAGGAGACGCAGCCGUGCAACAAUACACUCUGCCCCGUUGCUGGAGGCUGGACGAGCUGGACUGAGUGGUCACUGUGCUCAGAGUCGUGUGGCGGAGGUCUUACGAGUCGCCAGCGGGAGUGUUUGAACCCCGCCCCUCAGCACGGUGGGAAGCCUUGCGUUGGAGACGCUGUGGACUAUGAAGCCUGUAACAAACAACCAUGUCCUCUAGACACAUGUUUGCUCUCAAAUCCAUGUUUUCCUGGAGUGGAGUGCACAUCACACAGCGAUGGAUCAUGGGAGUGUGGACAUUGUCCGUUGGGUUUCAAUGGAAACGGCACUCACUGUGAAGAUGAGAAUGAGUGUGAAGUGGAGAGUGUGUGUGUGACAGAGUGUGUAAACACAGACCCUGGCUUCUACUGCCUGCCCUGUCCUCGUCGCUUUAAAGGCAGCCAGCCGUACGGCCUCGGACUGCAGGAGGCCCAGAAGACCAGGCAGGUGUGCGAGCCACACAAUCCUUGCAAAGACAACACACACACCUGCCACAAGUACGCUGAGUGUGUGUACCUGGGCCUGGCGUCUGAAGUUUUGUUCAAGUGUGUGUGCGCUGUUGGGUUCGCUGGCGACGGCUUCCUGUGUGGAGAAGACUCCGAUCUGGACGGCUGGCCCAACACCAGAUUACCCUGCAAACAGAAUGCAACCUAUCACUGUCAAAAGGAUAACUGCCCGACGCUACCAAACUCUGGACAGGAAGACCUGGACAAGGACGGACAGGGAGACGCCUGUGACCCCGAUGACGACAACGACGACAUCAGAGAUGAGAGGGACAACUGCCCGCUGGUGUACAACCCCCGGCAGUUUGACUCCGACAUAGACGGGGUCGGGGACCGCUGUGAUAACUGUCCGUUUGAUAGCAACCCGCAGCAGACAGACACUGAUGACAAUGGAGAGGGAGACGCCUGCAGCAUUGACAUUGAUGGAGAUGAGGUUCUGAGUGACCGAGACAACUGCCCCUUCAUCUACAACACCGACCAGAGGGACACAGACCUGGAUGGUGUUGGAGACCAGUGUGACAACUGUCCCCUUCUGCACAACCCACUGCAGCUUGACUCUGACGGCGACUUGGUGGGGGACAUGUGUGACGACAAAGAGGACAUCGAUGAGGACGGCCACCAAAACUCUCUCGACAACUGUCCCUACAUUGCCAAUAGCAACCAGGCCGACCACGACAAGGACGGGAAGGGAGACGUCUGUGACCAUGACGACGACAACGAUGGUAUCCCCGACGACCGGGACAACUGCAGACUGGUGCCUAACAGAGACCAGCUGGACACUGACGGUGAUAGAAGUGGAGAUGCAUGCUUUGAUGACUUUGACAAUGACAGUAUUCCCGACGGGCUGGAUCCAUGUCCACUGAACCAGGACAUUCGGUCUACAGACUUCAGGAAGUUUCAGGUUGUUUUGUUGGACCCUAAAGGCACCACGCAGUCUGAGCCUCUCUGGGUGAUCCGCAGCCAAGGCACCGAGCUGCUGCAGACGGCCAACUCGGACCCUGGCAUCGCUUUAGGAUAUGAUAAGUUCAGCGCUGUGGACUUCAGUGUGACAUUUUAUGUGAAUACCAAGCGAGAUGACGACUACGCAGGCAUUGUGUUCGCCUACCAGUCCAGCCGACGCUUCUAUGUCGUCAUGUGGAAACAGGUGUCUCAGGCCUACUGGGAGAAAAAGCCGUCCAAAGCUUUUGGCACAGCGGGAGUUUCGAUUAAGCUGGUCAACUCCACCACCGGGCCGGGAGAGUAUCUACGCAACGCCCUGUGGCACACGGGAAACACCAGACACCAGGUCAGAACAUUGUGGCACGAUCCCAAUAAAAUUGGCUGGAAAGACUACACAGCCUACCGUAUGCACCUCAUCCACAGACCCAAGACCGGGUUCAUCAGGGUGGUGGUGUACGAGGGCAGGGGGAUUUUAUCCGACUCGGGCGCCGUGUACGACCACUCGCUGGCUGGAGGCAGACUGGGCCUGUUUGUCUUCUCUCAGGAACAAGUCCUCUUCUCAGACCUCAGAUACGAGUGCAGAGAUAACUGAAUUAUUUCCGUGGGAUAUUCAGGAAACUCUUCAACAACCCACCAGAGAUCCACAUUAAUUUCAGAAAUGCUUAAUACAACUGGGAGACACCAGCUCACUAAUUGAUGGCUUUGGCUGGACAAAGGCGGAAACGAUCAAUUAGCCAUCAUCUAUCUAUCACCUUUUAUGCGACGGUAUUGAUUUGAGGCUCUCAUUCGCUGUAUAUUACUGUAAGACUCAGACAGCAUCUCUAAUGAUUGUAACUUCUCUUUGCUUUUUAUUUGCAAACUGUUGUAAAUAAUUAUUUAUUGCCAGAUAUGAAAGGUGGUGAUGGCUGGAUAAAUACAUGAUGGAGUGAGUAGAGAAGCACUAUGCAAUUGU